AUGUCAGCGAUGCGGGUCAACUCCUCGCAGGGUGGACGCCCUCAAGCGGGCGGCGGCGCCUGGGCCGGGUACCCGCCUCGCUACCCCACUACCGCGUCAACGACUCCCGCAGCCAGCGCAGAGCGCUUCGUGCCGGUCCGCAGCAGCGGCAGCAACGGAGGUGUCCGUGCGCCACACCAAUUCAACUCCCCAUCCACCAACGACGUGAGCACCUCCGGCUCUGUCUCCUACGACGGCAAGCGGGCCCGCAGAGGCAGCGGCGGCCUCGCGGGACCGGAAUUGGACUUGAAUGGGAGCACCACCCUAACCAUGCAGCUACGCCGCGCAAGCAACGGCAGCGCGCACGGACGCGCAGGUGCGACGGGGCAGACGACGUCCUCUGCGUCUCCGCUGCCACCCAGCGGUCAGCGUGGGGCAGGUGGCGGUGGUAAUGGGAAUGGCCCGUUGCACAGCAGCAGCCGUGAUGGCGGGAUGCCGAGUGGCGUGCUGCUCGGCAGUCUCGCCGAGUAUCGGCCCGUGUCGGUUGUCGCGUUAGCAAACGCCGUCUCCACGCCGAGGCCGCAACAGCGAAAUGCGAACUCCCCGCACGUCGGCCCCGCUCGUGCGGACCCACAGGACGUGCGCACCAGCCGGCAGUCCAUCACGGUGUUGAGCGUGACGCGCGACGGCCCAGCGUGGGAAGGCAGCCGGCUGUCCUCCCACACGUCGAGGGACAAGAACGGUGUCGUGCCGGCGGCGGCGGAGGACGUGCUCGGCGGUCCAGCAGUGCCGCCGCGCAGAGCGUCUUUCAACCAAAUUGGCAGCAGCCACCCGCGUGGGCCGCCACCGCGAGUGCAGCGGGAGGCCAUCGCGCCGAUCUCGCUCUCCAAUAUUUCGACCUCCACCAACCUUUCUGCGCCGUCGCGGAAUGCGAUGUCGCUGUCCGGUGCAUAUCUUCAACAGAGCAAGCAGGAGCCGCCACAGCAACAGCGGAGCAGCCACAACCCCCGCUACGCCGACACCCCCGCCGGUCAGCCGAGCUCCCGAGCGAGCACCGUCGGACCGAAGCCGCCGUCGCGUCCUUCUCCCGGACCGCCACCGCCUCAAGUCGACACCACCGCAACCUCAUCCUACAGCCCACGACAGCAGCAGCCCUCGCCACAACAUGCGCAGCGCAGCGGGGUGGAGCUCGUGGUCGCCGCGCACCCGCCCCCCUCCGACGCCGUCAAGGGGGCCUUUCCGCAGGAGCGGUACCACCACCACAGCAGCGGCCGCGGCGCCGUCCUGCACCACCGGCCCUCGCCUGCCGCCUUAGCUCGGCAAGACGGAGAUGGCCGCAGCAGCAGCGGUGGCGUCGCACCUGCCGGGCCGCCGCCCACCCUGCGCGUCUCCACCACCACUCUCACUACGGCGAGCAGGAAGGUGCGCUACGUGCUGCCGAGCGAGACCUAUAACCCGGAUGCGCCGGACCCGACCGACAACGGCGGCCUCACGCCGGCAGAACAAGAAGCGCUCCUGGACCCGGUCAACUACACGCUCGAGGCGGACAGGAUGGCGGGCCGCUAUCCGAUGCUGCUGCGGCGCCCGAGUGCGCAGGGAGGGGACCCGCUACGUGGCCGCCGCGGGUCUGCGGGUCAGCCGGGCGACAACAGCAAUGGCACAGGCACAGACAAAAACAGCGGUGGACCCCGUCCGACCUUUGUGCUAGACGACGGCAAUCGCUGGGCGAGAGAGACAAACCGCCCGACUGUCGCAACGACGCGUGACCCAACCGGCGCGGCCCUGACGCAGCUGCCGUCGCCCAGCAUUUUGAGGAAAGGGCAGACCCACCGCCAUCGCGACGACGCCGACGUGUCAUCGUUGCCGUUCCCCGUUUGUGAGACGGUGAUGGACGAGGCGGCGGACGGGGGUGCCGGCGGGUACUUACUACAGCGCCACGCACAGCAGAUGGCUACCGGAAAGCAGCUUGUCGAGGGCACCGUCUUUCAGCCGCCGCCCACGUCGCAGCGCCAACGUGAGCGACGCCGGCGAGAAGAAGAAGAGGAUCGACGGACGGCAGCGGCAGCGGAGGCAGCAGCAGCACGGCGGCGAGAGUCAUCUCCGUCCUCUUCACACAGCAAAGGUCCGUCAAAUGUGGCGGCGGGCGGCGAUGUCAGGCCACGCCGCGGGCCGGCAGAGGGCUUGUACGAGGAAAUUAUUCGCCGCACAAACCAGAACCGGCGAACUUCCCUGCCAACGGCGGCGAUCGCGCCUGCCGGUGCAGCAGUAGGAGGAGUACUAAGGGCUUCUCCAACGAGGACGCUGAUGCCGCCGCUUGCCCCACAGGCCACUACGGCCACGUCAUCAUCGUCGCUGCGGCCACUCGUACCGCCAGACUUGACGCGGGCAACUGUAGCCGCAACGGCAGCAGCGGCUGGUCGCCGCCGGGGUCACCAGCACCCGAACUCCGCCGAGCCGACGCCGCUGCACGCCGGGCCGGGCCAACGUCCGUCUCCGCACGCCCCACCGGAUCGGCCGCCACAGCCAUCGCGUCCGCCGCCGCGCUCUGCAUCGCAGCCGUACAUCACCAACCCCUACAUCGAAGACACGCCUAACGGCGGCAACAACGAGUUCGGCACCACGCAGGACCACUACAGCAACUACGACUACUACAACUCUUACAACACACCGAACACGGAAGCGAAGUACGCCGCGCCGCCACCACCGCAACCAGCCGCUCAACAGCAGCAGCAACGUCCUCCGCAGGCGAGUCGUCGACCACCACCACCGCCACCGCCACCGCCACCCUCAUCGACUCAACAACGAUUACAACAGCAGCGUCAACGCCCUCCGCCGCCGCCACCUCCGUCGCAGCGCCGCACGUCGCAGCCCCUGCGAGACAGCCCGCCGCCACGCGCACACCCGUCUUCCGCAGAGACCACGCCAGACGGCAGCGUCGCCAGCACCACGCCGAGCAUGCUGGGCUACACCUCUGGCCGCUUCAGCAAGUUCAACCCACCCGGCUCCGUUCCGCCUCCCCCGCCGCCUUCGUCUGGCGCGUCGGGCGAACCGCCACGAGCGGAAAGCAAAGGAGGUGAGAACGGUGCUAGUCACCGCAGCGAACGGGCAGUCGCGCGCAACCCGGUCGCUGAUGCCCGUCCUGCACAGCAGCCUUUACUACCACCGCCGCCUCCACAGCAGCAGCAGCAGCCGUCAUCCUCCAAGCCUUCUUCUGUAACGCCGCAUACCUCCCAACCACAACCACCGCUGCCACCGCCGACUGAUGUCUCAGCUCCAGCCACAACCAGCGCCGCGGCGGAGCUGUACCCGUCACCCUACGCAGAUGACAACGACAGCGACGACAGAGAAGACGUCGACGUCGACGAUGCAGCCGCCUACGACGAUGCGUUGUACUCAUCAGAGGAGGAAGAGGAAGAGGAGGAAGAGGAGGAAGAGGAGGAGGAGUACGACUCGAUGACCGACGCGGCGAACGCGCAGACGCAGCGAGGCAGCGCGCCAGACACUAACAACGAUCCCGCCCCCACAGCCAACUCGCACCGUGCUAGCAAUAGCAACACGAAGAACACGUCGUCCGAUUCCGCCGGCGCGGAAGUGCGGCGCUUUCUCUUAGACCAGGACAACAAUGGCGAUGAUGAGGGCUCGCAGGACACCCCGCGCGGCACGUCACGUGAGCCGCCACCGCCACAGCAGCCCCGUCAACAGCAGCAGAACGCAUCGGCGGAGAGGGCAAGACUAGUUGCGCAGCAUCGCGCGCGCACAUCACCUCCACCACCACCACCAGCAGCUUGCGCAUCAGCGGCGGCAGCGGCAGCAGCAGCAGCGAACGAUGAGCGUGAAGGAGCAGCGGCGAGCCCGGAGGACUACGUGGAGGACUACGCGCCGGCGCCAAGCGCGGCAUCGCGUGACAGCGACAGUGACACCGACACCCAACCCGUCGCCGUCUCCGAGCGCGGCAGCGACGAGGUGGAAGAGGCGGACGACCUCGUGAAGAAAGGCCCGCUUGUGCUGAAGCUCGGUGACGACGUGUAUGCAGAAGACGGCUACGCGGAGGACGAGGAAGUCGAGGAAGACGGCGAGGGCGGCGAUAGCGUCAAGGGGGGCGAGGAUGGGGAGGGGUAUUGGGAGAGUCACCAGCAGUGUGAUGUGCACGAGGCCGAGAACCAGCGCGGAGGCGGUCAGCGCGUAGCGGAAAUGGGAUCGCUCCGCUACGAUGAGGAGUACACGGAUGAGAUGUAA